AAAGCACAAAUGUUUGGCCAAAAUUCGUGGAACUCGUAUAAAGGCAAGCUAAUUCAUUGGUUCACUCGCGUCGGAACUCGGAAGAGCUUGAGUUAUUUAAAGAUACAACACCAAAGCUCUUGAGCAAAUUCGAAGCUCCUCCCUUCCCUCUCACGUCUCUCUCAGAAUCGUAGAACUCAAUGGCGUCACGGGACAAGAAACCUUCCAAGCCCUCCAGCAGCAUAGCCGGUGGCAUACGCACACUCUCCGAUCUGACAGCGACUCGGAUGGCCCUCAGCGACUCGGACAACAACUCGGAUGGCCCUGAUCAGCAGUAUUAUACUGGUGGCGAGAAGAGUUCUAUUUGUUCUUGUACAACAUGCUGUAAGGCCCAAGGCAGGCUAGCAGAGGAGAUUGUUGCGCUGAGCAAGCUUAAGUAUACUCUUCUGGAGGAGUUACGUGCUCAGGAGAAAGAACUUUUUCGACUUAAGGUCGAGAAUAUGGAAUAUGAUUGGAAAAGAAAGGGGAAUAAAAUUCGACAAGAGGACGAAAGACUGAGGUUGGAGGUCGAGAAACUAGAAUUCGCUCGGAGGGAAGCAAAUGAGAGAGUAGAGAGAGACCGAUUAGAGAGAGAUGAGCGAAUAAUGAUGAUCGAUGUGAGUAAAUUGCGUGGACUACAACAGAACUAUUUCGAGCAACGUCAAAUGGAAAUCUUUCGCAAAUUCUUGUAAUCAGAAAAUAAAAUAAAACGGAAAUCAGCAGAUAUAUACAUCA